AUGCGAUACCUUUGGCUACAGGCUGAUAUCCUCCCUGAGAUGAAAGCACGAGGGUGCCAGAUUCAAACCAUCAAAGACUUUGCUUUUACAAACCUAAGCCAGUUGAGGCAGAUGGAUCUUACAUGGAAUAAGAUUUCUGCAAUAACAACAAACACCUUUUUUGGACUUCAGAACCUGGAGAGCUUGAUAAUUGAAAAUAAUCCACUGAGGCACUUUGAAGCAUCUUCCUUCGCUCAUUUCCCCUCCCUCAGGGUUCUCCAUCUUGGAAAUCUGAUGUUUUCCAACUCUGAGCACUCUGGCAUGCAGGUCCUCAACCUGAGUCUCAUCUUUGGGGGCUUCCCUCACCAGCUGUCUAACCUCACCAUCACGUCUGCUGUGCGCCCCAUGACUCUGGUCAUCACUGAUGACAGCGCGCCAGACGAGGGUCUGAAUAUGAGUCUCAUGUUUCACAACUUGACCAAAUUAGAGAGCUUAAGUCUGACUAAUUGCUGGUUGGAUUCUUUGGAGGGAGACCUCAGUCUGGAUAUGACCUCUCUGAAGUAUUUCUCCCUAGAUCAAAAAACAGAGUUCAGUUUGACCACAGAUUUCUUUGAGCACCUGACCAGCCUGAAGUUUGCUUUCAUCUAUAACACACAACUCCGCUGCACCUGUGACGAUGCCUGGUUCCUCCGCUGGGCAAGGAAUCAGCAACAAGCAGAAGUGUUUAUGUUCUCCUAUGAAAAUGAACCACUGAGCUGCAUAUCAGAGGAUGGACUUCAGGACCUGUACACCUAUGACCAGGCCCACUGCAGUCUGGAUGUGGGGUUUGUAUUCUUUGUCAGCACAUCAUGCUUCCACCUGCUGUUUAUGUUGGUUGUGCUGCUGCAUCAGCUGGCCAGAGACUACCUGCUGGCCUUCUACUACAUCACUCACGGCUGGUUGAAUGAGGCACUACGUCACCAGAACACCAGAGGGCGCUACCUGUAUGAUGCCUUUGUGUCUUACAGUGGCAGAGAUGAACGCUGGGUGAUGGAGGAACUCCUGCCCAACCUGGAGCAGAGAGGGCCCCCAUUCCUGCGCCUUUGCCUGCACAGCAGGGACUUCCAGCUGGGAAAGGAUAUUGUGGAGAAUAUAACCGACAGUCUCUACAGAAGCCGCCGCACCCUCUGCCUGGUCAGCCGCCACUUCCUGCGGAGCAACUGGUGCUCCCUGGAGAUGCGACUAGGCACCGACCGGCUGCAGGUGGAGCACAGGGAUGUGCUCAUCCUGGUGUUUCUGGAGAAGAUCCCUUCUAAUCUGCUCUCUGCCCACCACAGGCUGGCCCGACUGGUCAAGACCAGGACUUACAUAGACUGGCCUCAAGACCCGGCCCAGCAGGAGGCCUUCUGGGACAGACUAUGGAACAAACUAGUGACAGACAAGGUGUUAUGAGUUGCCAUGCACCAUUUUUUGUAAUCCUUAACUGUACUUUUUCAAUACAGCCUGGAUGAAACAUAAAGUAGAGCACAAAUGUAAAAAUUGUUUUCUGAUAUAGAUAUCACAUCAUUUUGAAGAAAUUGUUAGGAUAAACAACCACUUUUGAUGGAUAAAUUACGAGAGAUCUCUGAUUGUUAAUGUUGCUCAUGUGUCCAAAUAUUAUUUUAUGAACCACAAGAUGCAUUAAGUUUGAACGGAUCGUUUUGAAAUAGAUCCAGAGAGUGGAUGUGGCCUGGGUCAGUUCUAAAAUGGUGUUUGAAGUUAAUUCUGCGAAGACUCAACUGAUUAUUCUUCAGAGUUGUGUGGCAGAGCUGUAAAUGUGUGUGUACACUUGGUUGUGAAUCAGAUUUCAAUGUAUUCUGGAGUAAGUACAACCUGUACAAUUUGUCACAUGAAAUAUGUUCAUAGUGUAUUAUAAUGUUAACAGGAGGCCCCUUAUAGCAACAUUUUGUAGUUUUUACUGUGUUUCUUUAGGUAUGUUUUGUUAGGUAGCUAAUUUGUAUAACAGCCUCAAAUAAAUGUUGAUAAUACAAUGUCAUGUGAAGGGGAAAUAAACACACUUGUUGUUUCCAGUAA